CACGCUACUGUUGAACUGCACUCAGAUUUCAGAAUGGUUAAAGUUGUGGCUAUUUAAAUUAUUACUUUUUACAAUUAGGAAUUAGGAUAGCAAAUUUGUAAUUGAAAUAAUUGGAAUUUUUUAGUAAUUAAGUUUUUUUGUUUUAACUUAUCUUUUUGAAAUUAAAAUGGUAAAGUUAUCGCCAGAUUUAAUUCAGCAGUCAAUGCAGUACAUAAAUCCUGUCAGAGAUCGUGAACUUGAUCUUAGAGGUUACAAAAUACCAACUAUAGAAAAUUUGGGGGCCACAUUGGAUCAGUUUGAUACAAUCGACUUCUCCGACAAUGACAUCCGUAAAUUUGAUGGUUUUCCUCUCUUAAAACGGUUAAAAACACUGUUCUUUAAUAACAAUAGAAUUGUUAGAAUCGCAGAGGGUUUAGAAAAUUGCAUACCACAUUUAGAAACUCUUAUGUUAACUGGUAAUAUGAUUCAGGAGUUAAGUGAUUUGGAACCACUUGUUCCAUUAAAACAUCUUCAAUGCCUCUGUCUUUUACAAAAUCCAGUAUCAGCCAAGCCACAUUAUCGACAAUAUAUAGUCUUCAAAUUUUCAUCAUUGAGGUUAUUGGAUUUUAGAAAAAUCAAGAAACAAGAACGUGAAGAAGCAACAGCUUUCUUCAAAAGCAGAAAGGGCAAAGAAAUGGCAAGAGAAAUUACCAAAAAGGCUAAAGCACAAUCUCAAAAUAUUAAUGGUUUGGAUAAACCUAUGAUGACUUCAGACGAGCGUAAUAAAAUCAGAGAAGCGAUCACGAAUGCCACAUCCUUAGAGGAAGUUCAGCGGCUUAGUAAAAUUCUACAAGCUGGACAAAUUCCAGGAGAAAAACAGAAAAACGGUGAUCCAGACGGUGAAGCAAUGGAAGAAGAAGAUGAGGAUUAAAUUAAAAUAUUUGUGGAAUUAAUUCUAAUAUCAUUUCUGUCAUUAAGUUAAGAAAGUUUUCCAGUUUAAAGGGAGUUUCAAAAUUAUAAGUUUCAUUUACAUUCUGAUUAUCAACAUUUAAUAGAUUUAAAAGUUACAUAGGUCAACUAAACUGUAAGUAUUAAAUACGUUAAUUUUUUAACGUUUGUCAUUUGUCAAGCUAAUAAAUAAAACUGUAUACUACACAAAUGUAGUUACGAUUAAAAGAA